GUUAACAACAUAUAUGUUGAAUUGGUUGAGGUGUUAUGAUAUUAAUUGGAAAACUACAGCAAAAUGUGUUGCAGGAUCUCCCACAAACACAAAAUUCUGGCACUGUGAUAAACUUUUCCUAUGUUUUUAUGAUAGUACCAAUUAGGAAAUGACAUUUGUAAUCCAGGAAGAAAAAACGUGUUAUAUGAGCCCCUUCUACACUGCCAUAUAAAAUCCAUAUUACCUGCUUUGAACUGAAUUAUAUAGCCGUAUUGACUCUCAUAAUCCAGUUCAAAGCAGAUAAUGUGGAUGAUCUGCCAUAGUGUUAUUUCCCUCAAAUAAAAAGCAUGGUGUGUGUGUGUGUGUGUAUGUGUAUAUAGCAUAGGUAUGUACAGUAUUUAAAUUGAGUGGGUUGCUUUGAGUUUUCCGGGCUUGUAUGGCCAUGUUCCAGAAGCAUUUCUCCAGACAUUUUGCCUACAUCUAUGGCAGGCAUCCUCAGAGAUUGUGCGGUCUGUUGGAAACUAGGCAAGUGGGAUUUAUAUAUCUGUGGAAUGUCCAGGGUUGGAGAAAAAAAUUCUUUGUUUGGGGCAAGUGUGAAUGUUGGAACUGGCCACAUUGAUUGGCAUUGAUUAGCCUUGCAACUUCAAAGCCUGUCUGACUCCUGCCUGGGGCCAUUCAAGAGUCCUUUCUUCCAACCUGAACUUUCCACAGAUAAAUAAACCCAACUUGCCUAGUUUCCAACAGACCUCGCAAAGCUCUGAGGAUGCCUGUCAUAGAUGUGGGCGAAACGUCAGGAGAGAAUGCUUCUGUAAUAGGGCCAUACAGCCCGGAAAACUCACAGCAACCCAGUGAUUCCGGCCAUGAAAGCCUUCGACAACACAUAUUUAGACUUAUUUCACAUUUGUUCGAUGCAGUUCUUUAAAAAAAAACUCUUUUGUAUAAGAUCAUUGUUAAUCCCUUUGUAGAUAUGUGUCUUUAAGAAAGUAGAGUGGUGUUGGGUCUCUGGAGGCAAGGAAGGCGAAGAAAAGAAGGAGGAAGAUCUGGAAGGAAAGCAGAAAGGCAGGCAUCCUUGGAGCACAAAGAUUUCCGGAAACGGGCAUCUCUUUCCCCAUUGGCAGAUCAAGUCAGCCGCGCGCGACAUUUGUGCGCCGUUACCAUGGAGACCCGCAAAUCGAGACCCCGUCGGUGUAAACAUUGUCUGUCUAAGGUGGCCGCACAGGACUUAAAAAGCCACGCGCUAUUUUAGAAGCUUUCCAAAACGCCACAAACGGCGGAAGUCACACUCGCGUUGCUUUUCUCCAGUUGCUAAGCAACUAGUAGCAACAGACACCGCCGUUUUGUUUCCCUUAGGACUGCCUUCCUGGUGACUGCCCCGUUACCUCGCUCUGGAGCGGAUCCCGUGAGCUGUUUUUCCUCAUUGGACUCUUCAGAGCAAAAAUGGAUACUCAGACGAGACACAUUGAAUUAGUAAUCCAGAGGCUCAACCAGUUUAAUCCUGAAAAUGGGAAUAUUGGGAAUUUCUUGGGUGAAUCGGCUCAUAUAUUACAGACUUCUAAAGUAAAGAAUGAAACUUUUUUGAUGGAUAUAUUGGCUGGCUGUAUAGAAUUUAAGCCUCUUCUGGAUGUGGUGGUCAGCGCAUUCUAUAGUCGAGAUGGGAAAAAUUGCCUGUUGUCUGAACGCAAUCUGUAUAUAGUUGUUUGUUAUUUGGCCAUUUUUCAACUGGAGGAACUUGGACUUCAGGAGUUUGGCAGAAUUAUCAAAUCAAUGAAUGCUCCUAAGAUAUGUAAGUUCCUUAGAUUCUUUUUCAAUAGAAUGAAUUUGAGUACAUGGAUAAAAGACGAAUGGAACCAAAUAUAUGCUUCGGAUUAUGUAAAUAAUUGGAUCAAACCAUUGCUAAGGUGGCAGCCAAAAGUGCAACAACUGGUUGUUGAAUUCGAUGAUAAACUCCAUAGAUUCUCUGUUGCGACUUCAAAGAUAACUAAACCAAAGGAAUUUAACUUGACAAUACCUAAUCCACGAGCUAUACUGAUUCCUGAGUUAAUUCCACAUCAAGAGAAAACAAAACCUAUUCCUGCACUAACUUAUAAGAUUCCUAAACUGGGUCAGAAACUAGAACAAAUAAAGUCAAAGAAUCGUCGCAAAGCAGAGGAACUGCUAUUGGAAGCAAAUAUGCACCAGUUCAGAUGUGCAGCCCCAAAGUUUGAUCAUAAAAAUCACAUUGCAAUGGAAAUUCUAAAACCUGAAAAAAAAUUUCAAGCUCAGAAAAUCAAAGGAAAGAUUGAUAGUAUACCAGUUAAACUAAAUGCAACUACCAUCUUAAGGGAAGGCGUCCUUUAUCAGCGGAAAGUGGAACAAGAGCUUAACAGAAUUGAACAUCUUUUACGAGGAGCCCGAGAUCCAUCUGAAUUUCUGGAAUGGCAAAAGCAAAUGCGUGAGAAAGAUUUGGACCAGCAGCUAACAGAAGAAGAAUGUAGGCGGCUGCAAGGAAAACUUAGCUAUGAGGAAGCUAUUGUAGCACGUCAGAAUUGUGUUCGAGAAAAUCAGAAAAAAGCUGAGCAGGAGAGGGAAAUGGAAGAAGUAAUGAAUCACCAUUGUGAACAAAGACAGCUUAAAGAACUGAAGGCAAGACAAAAAAAUGUGCAGCAGGUGACAGAAGCACGCAAAAAUGUGAAGCAAGCACGAAUGAAGCUCCAAAAAUGUAAACGGCAGAUAGCUCAGGAAGUGUCCGAAGAAAGCCAAGAAAUCCUUGCUCGGGCUUUUAAAGAAGAAGAAGAAAAAGUUAGAAAAAGAUGUGAACUCAUUCAACAAAUAAGGGCAAUUGAAUAUGUGCCAUCCAUAAAGAGUAAAUUUGUUGACCUAACACAGACCCCUAAUCAUGGUGUUCUUGGUGAGAUGUCAAUAGUGGAACUUCAAGAACGAUUAGCCUUAUUGAAGGAAGCUCAGAAAAAGGCCGAAGAGGAGAAGAGGGAUCAGAUAACCCAUGAAAAAUACUUGAAGGAACAGCUUCUUUUGGGCACACUGGAACAGAUCUCCGUGUUCAGAGAACAAAUGGGAAGAGCAGCUACCUUGAAACAGGAGGAAAAUAAAAUAAAAAAACCUUUACGUGAAACCAUUCGGAAAGAUAAACGGAUUUUAGAUCUACAAGAAAAAAUAGAGGAAAAGUCAAUGCAGCGUAAAAUACCACCUGGAUCUUCACAAAAUAAAUCUGAAACAUUCAAUAAGGAUGCAAAGAGAUCUUGGAUAUCACAGAAGAGAUGUAAGCAAGAGGAGCAUUGGAGGAAGCUGGAAGAAAGUCAAAAGGAACACUUUAAAAUGCUUCAGCAUGGCUUUAUGUCAAGAGAACUGGCUCGAAAAAUGGCCGAAAAUGAGGCCAUGAUAACUGGAACUAGCUCUUGUAUAGUGCAACCUCCACAUUUAGUGACCAAGCAUCAUGGAAACCCUAGCUAUGGACACUUCCACAGGCUGACAGAGGGGGUUUGAAAAAUUGCAUCUCUUCCUCCCGGAGCAAAUGCCUUUCUCUCUCUCCAUCAUCACCACCCCCCAACGUGGCUUCAAAUGCUUUAAUAAAAAGACUGAAUGCUAUAGAAAAACCUUAAAGAUAUUUUCCAAUAAAAAUGAAAAAGAA